GACAGUUCAGUUCAGUAGUCGAGUAGUCAGUAGUUCAGAAGUUCAGGCAGACUGAUUCUACGCGCUAUGUGUUAAAGGGACAAAGGGUAUCGACAUUGUGUUGUUUGUGAUUUAAAGUCAGUUCUAGUUUCUAUUAUUUGUGAAAUACUUAAGAUUUUAUGAACUAUAAUGACGUCCAAACGGAAUGAAGAUGCCCUCGGUGAGUCGUGGGUGGAGUUCUCCGGACAGACCACACCAGUAGAAAGAGUGCUGAGUCCAAUCAACACAGGUCACUCCAGCCCUGAACGUAUGAUACCUCUGCCUUUCGCCUCAGGGGAAGAGUACCUUCGGUUGCUGCAUGAGGCUCAGAGAGAAAGCUACAGUGGUUCAUAUGUCAGCUCCAAAAAUGGAAGUCCAAAAUCACCACCAAACAGUCCAAACACUGAACUAGCGAAUGGAGAAGAAUUCAAAGGUGUUUACAUCAAUUACACAUACAAGGAUGGAGAUUUUGUGGCAGUUGAUCGCAACACAGACUGGAUUUGGGAUUGGAGCAGCCGACCUGACCAGACACCCCCCAAAGACUGGAAAUUCAAACAUCCCAAACGAAGAACAUACAGCAUUCGUACAGCCAAAGUUGGAAACAACAGCUUAUUUUCAAAAGAAGUUCUUUACACACUCUUCCUGACCAAUGUGUUGUCCCUGCUGCUUGGUACAGGUUUUGGAAUGUGGCUAAGUCGGCGAGGUCUCACUUUUUCACCCAUCAGCCUGGAUUGAUUUACGAAAUCAAUAUUUUACUUUGUAGAAGGAGCAGUUUUUUAGUUUCUGGUCGUGUUUGAGGCUAUUUAAUGCAUUUUAAUUUUAAUCAAGUUAACCUGGAGGUACGAAUAAUUUACACCAGUAAUAUUAUAUUGAUUAAUUAAGAUUAUUCUAUAACCUUUUUUUCUAUUUUCAAUUUCUGAUGUUUUUGUCAUAACAUUGAUUUAUGGUUUGUUUUUAAUUUACUUUUUAUAAAAGGACAAACACAUAAAAUUUAUUUCAUUAGUAGAAAUUGGUUUAUGAAGGUUAUAGAGUAAGUAACUUCUUUUGGCCUGUGUAGGUCUAAUGUAGUAUGCAGUAUACCUUGGUUUAUCUGGACCUGAGUGGCUGGGUCAUAUUUAUGUCACUGUUGUUGAUUGUAAUUGUGCACUUUCUGACUACUCAAGGGGGCUCUCUGGGGUAGAUCCAAUCCAAGUAGUACAGCAAUACAACAUGUUUUGUACGUACAUUACACCAACUGCUUUGUAGUUGUGUCUGUUGUCAUCCCACAAGGGAACCCACAUUCAUCUCAGAAAUCAUAGUUCUUUAUUUGUACAUUGAUUAGCAAUAUACAUUGAUUAACUCAUUGGUUGGACAAAUUAUUGAAAAUCUUGAUAAACCAAGGUUUACUGUAAAUAAAGAAAUUUAAGAUAUUUCUUUGAGAUUUUUUGUUUUGUUUUGAAUUAUUAUACCUAUUUAUAUACAUAAUAUGCAUGCUACUGAUAAGUUUUGUUUUUCUUAUUUGUUUUUCAUAAUUUUUACAUUUCAAUUUUUGAUUGUUCUUUCAUAAUAUUAUAUACUUAUUUAAACUGUUCAAAUAUUAAUACUUAUAGUUUUUAUAAGCAUAAUAAUAGUAGUAAUUAUCAUUCAAUGUUCUAACCAAGAUGCAUUUUAACUUUGUAAAUAUCAUUAUCUUCUUCCUUGCUGUAUUUUAAAUAUGAUUCAAUCAUAAUGUGUAUGGAAUUGUGAAAUGAAAUGUCAGUUUCAGAUAAAUCUUUUUUUAGAAAUAAAUUUUGCAUUUUUCUUGAUUUCGUGUCUUUGUCUCUUGGUUUUAAGAAUUAAGCUCAGCACAUUAAACUCUAGCAUGAAAAAUUAAUUGAAUCUGCUAAAUUAUCUUUUUAAUAUAAUGUUGGUGUUAAAAUUUACACACUAGUGAUUUAAGGGAAGAAUUUAAUACCUUUACAUUUGUUCAAAGUAUUAUUAUGAUAUCAAGGUCUGAAAGUUAUAAAUGGAAAUAAGCAAACUAUCUUUAUUACAAUACAUUUGUAACGGGAUUGUCAUUGCUGUUAUGUUAGAAUGCUAUAGGGAAUCAAUCAUUUAGAUGGGAUCGCCACCUAAGGUGUGAAUUUUAACCCAAAUAAGAUUGAAGGAUGAGUGUAGAAUGGAGUGUGAUGACCUGUGUAGCUUUGUUACUGACUAAUACCAGCUGUUUCAUUAGUCAGGAUCAUUUAUUUAAAGCCCAAUCCAUGAUCAGGAACAGCUGGUUCCAGUUUUGAACCAUCUGACAAUUGACUUUUCUCAGAAUUGUUAGGCGAGCACUAUAACCAAUCAGCUACCUAACCAGUCAAUCCAUCUACAAAAAUACAGUAUCCUUGUAUCUAAAGUAUGCCCUCAUAAGU